CCCAUUUGUUUUCCAUCUUUCACAACCCGACUUCCCUCCUCUCCAGUAGGCUUAAAACAACUAUUCUGAAAUUUCCUCCUCCAUGGGAAUUAAAGAUAUCGGGCUAUUCUUGCAAUGACCAUUUUCUUGAGCCCGAUCUUUACCUACACUGCAUUGAGAUGCUGGUUACCACUGGGUCACCUCAAUCCGCAAGUCAUGGCGAUGGAGAAGAGGGCCGUGUCAUUUGCGGAGCGUUGUAUCCCUUUUUCGAUCGCCAAUCGUUGCAAGAGGUAAUCAACCAAAGCAAUGAGAGUCGCACAAGACUGUCGCUAGUGGCAAAGGCGAAAUGGGCGUUUCAAAUCUCAUCGGCAAUGGCGAUUGUGCAUUCAUCAGGGCAGUGCCAUAUGGAUUUGAAGCCAAGCAAUAUGCUUCUGAACAACGAUGAUGACGUGGUUGUGAUUGACUGGGAGCAAUGCGGCGCGUCUCCGUUCUUCCUCGCACCAGAAGGGAACGGCUUGUGGGACGUCGAGAUUGUUGCAAACUCGGAAACGGGCGAGGUGCAGGGGGCAGAGCCUACGAUGGCAUAUCGAAAGUUUACAGGCCCGCUACCUGAUGGUUGUGGGACAUGGCCAAGGCGGAAUAUAUUCCCAUUGUGGCAGCGCGAAUGCCCAAGAGCGCUGGAGGCUGCAGAGGUCUACAGCGUAGGGCGGAGUUUAUGGGCCAUCUUUGAGCAGAGCGAUGAUGUGUGGGUUUACGAGAGUGGACAUUCAGAGGCAAAGGCGGUAUUAUGGACUCAUGGCAGCGACAGCGUGCCAGAAGCAUGGAAGGAUUUUGCGUCUCGAUGCAUGGGCCUAGAUCCAAACAAGCGGCCAACAUUCGAGCAGGGAGAGAGAUUUUGGUGGCAGGAAUGGAAGCAGUUUGAGGGGAAUACGAAGUAGUCUG